CGCCCGGCCCCGCCCCGCCCCGGCCGGCUCCGCCCGCUCCGCACGCUCCGCUCCGGGACGCCGACGGCGGCGGGCGCUUCCGCCUCGCGGGCCUCGGCCCGGUGCGAGCGGCUCCGCGAUGUGGCUGAGCCCGGAGGAGGUGCUGGUGGCCAAUGCGCUGUGGGUGACGGAGCGGGCCAACCCCUUCUUCGUGCUGCAGCGACGCCGGGGCCACGGCAAGGGCGGCGGCCUUACGGGUCUUCUCGUGGGCACCCUGGACGUGGUGCUGGACUCCAGUGCCCGCGUGGCCCCUUACCGCAUCCUGCACCAGACCCAGGACUCCCAGGUCUACUGGACAGUGGCGUGUGGUUCUUCCCGCAAAGAGAUCACAAAACACUGGGAAUGGCUGGAAAAUAACUUGCUCCAGACACUGUCCAUCUUCGACAGUGAGGAAGAUAUCACCACCUUCGUCAAGGGCAAGAUACACGGAAUCAUCGCAGAAGAGAACAAGAACCUGCAGCCCCAGGGAGACGAGGACCCCGGGAAGUUCAAGGAGGCUGAGCUGAAGAUGCGGAAGCAGUUUGGGAUGCCUGAGGGCGAGAAGCUGGUGAACUACUACUCCUGCAGCUACUGGAAGGGCCGCGUGCCCCGGCAGGGCUGGCUGUACCUGACGGUCAACCACCUGUGCUUCUACUCCUUCCUGCUGGGGAAGGAAGUGAGCCUCGUGGUGCAGUGGGUGGACAUAACGCGUCUGGAGAAGAACGCCACCCUGCUCUUCCCCGAGAGCAUCCGUGUGGACACCCGCGACCAGGAGCUCUUCUUCUCCAUGUUCCUUAACAUCGGCGAGACCUUCAAGCUCAUGGAGCAGUUGGCCAACCUGGCCAUGCGGCAGCUGCUGGACAGCGAGGGCUUCCUGGAGGACAAGGCCCUGCCUAGGCCCAUCCGGCCACACAGGAACAUCUCAGCCCUGAAGCGAGACCUGGACGCCCGAGCCAAGAAUGAGUGCUACCGAGCCACGUUCCAGCUGCCCAGGGAUGAGCGGCUAGACGGCCACACAAGCUGCACCCUGUGGACGCCGUUCAACAAGCUGCACAUCCCUGGCCAGAUGUUCAUCUCCAACAACUACAUCUGCUUCGCCAGCAAGGAGGAGGACGCUUGCCACCUCAUCAUACCCCUGAGGGAGGUGACCAUUGUCGAAAAAGCUGACAGCUCCAGCGUGCUGCCCAGCCCCCUGUCCAUCAGCACCAAAAGCAAAAUGACAUUCCUGUUUGCCAACCUGAAAGACCGUGAUUUCUUGGUGCAGAGGAUCUCUGACUUCCUCCAGAAAACACCAUCCAAGCAGCCAGGCAGUAUCGGGAGCAGGAAAGCCAGUGUUGUGGACCCUAGCACAGAGUCUUCCCCAGCUCCUCAGGAGGUGUCGGAGCAGCCCGCCAGCCCAGCCUCUCCCCUCAGCAGCCGCCAGAGCUUCUGUGCGCAGGAGGCGCCAACCGCAUCCCAGGGCCUGCUCAAGCUCUUCCAGAAAAACUCGCCCAUGGAGGACCUUGGAGCCAAGGGGGCCAAGGAGAAGAUGAAAGAGGAGUCAUGGCACAUCCACUUCUUCGAGUACGGGCGUGGCGUGUGCAUGUACCGCACAGCCAAGACACGGGCACUGGUCCUGAAGGGCAUCCCUGAGAGCCUCCGGGGAGAGCUGUGGCUCCUCUUCUCCGGGGCCUGGAAUGAGAUGGUGACUCACCCCGGGUACUAUGCUGAGCUGGUGGAGAAGUCCACCGGGAAGUACAGCCUGGCCACAGAGGAGAUCGAGCGAGACCUGCACCGCUCCAUGCCCGAGCACCCUGCCUUCCAGAACGAGCUCGGGAUUGCUGCCCUCCGGCGGGUGCUGACUGCCUAUGCCUUCCGAAACCCCACCAUCGGCUACUGCCAGGCAAUGAACAUCGUGACCUCGGUGCUCCUGCUCUAUGGCAGUGAGGAGGAGGCCUUCUGGCUGCUGGUGGCCCUGUGCGAGCGCAUGCUGCCUGACUACUACAACACCAGGGUGGUGGCACUCCAAGUCUCCCUCAGCCCUCACUGCACAGCUGGCAGGGCUGGAGUGGCCAGGGCUCGUACGCUGCAGGCGAGGGCCCACCCAGGCCACAGGGUGGGCUCACCAUCAGCCUCGCUCAUCCUGCCCGCAGGAGCCCUGGUGGACCAAGGCAUCUUCGAAGAGCUCACGAGAGACUUCCUGCCGCAGCUCUCGGAGAAGAUGCAGGACCUGGGGGUGAUCUCCAGCAUCUCGCUGUCCUGGUUCCUGACCCUCUUCCUCAGCGUCAUGCCCUUCGAGAGCGCCGUGGUCAUCGUCGACUGCUUUUUCUAUGAGGGCAUCAAGGUGAUCCUGCAGGUGGCCCUGGCCAUCCUGGACGCCAACAUGGAGCAGCUGCUGGGCUGCAGCGACGAGGGCGAGGCCAUGACCAUGCUGGGCAGAUACCUGGAUAAUGUGGUCAACAAGCAGAGUGUCUCUCCUCCUAUCCCGCACCUCCGUGCCUUGCUGAGCAGCGGCGAUGACCCCCCUGCAGAGGUGGACAUCUUUGAGCUCCUGAAAGUGUCCUAUGAGAAAUUCAGCAGCCUGAGGGCCGAAGACAUUGAGCAGAUGCGGUUUAAACAGAGGCUGAAAGUGAUCCAGUCCUUGGAGGACACGGCCAAGAGGAGUGUGGUCCGAGCUAUACCUGUGGACAUUGGUUUCUCCAUUGAAGAGCUGGAGGACCUUUACAUGGUGUUUAAGGCCAAGCACCUGGCUAGCCAGUACUGGGGGUGCAGCCGCACAAUGGCUGGCCGUCGGGACCCCAGCCUGCCCUACCUGGAGCAGUACCGGAUUGAUGCCAGCCAGUUCCGGGAACUCUUUGCCAGCCUGACACCCUGGGCCUGCGGCUCCCACACACCUCUGCUGGCAGGGCGCAUGUUCAGGCUCCUGGGCGAAAACAAGGACUCGCUGAUCAACUUCAAGGAGUUCGUGACGGGGAUGAGCGGGAUGUACCACGGGGACCUGACAGAGAAGCUCAAGGUGCUCUACAAGCUACACCUUCCCCCAGCUCUGAGCCCAGAGGAAGCCGAGUCAGCCCUGGAGGCGGCCCAUUAUUUCACAGAGGACAGCUCCUCAGAAGCAUCUCCUCUGGCCUCAGAUCUGGAUCUUUUCCUGCCCUGGGAGGCUCAAGAAGCACUACCACAGGAAGAGCAAGAAGGAAGUGGAAGUGAGGAGAGAGGAGAGGAGAAGGGGACCAGCUCUCCGGACUAUCGGCACUACCUUCGAAUGUGGGCCAAGGAGAAAGAGGCUCAGAAGGAGACGAUUAAGGAUCUUCCCAAGAUGAACCAGGAGCAGUUCAUUGAGCUGUGCAAGACGCUUUACAACAUGUUCAGUGAAGACCCCAUGGAGCAGGACCUGUACCACGCCAUCGCCACCGUGGCCAGCCUCCUGCUCCGCAUCGGAGAGGUGGGGAAGAAGUUCUCAGCCCACACAGGCAGGAAGCCCAGGGACUGUGCCACUGAGGAGGACGAGCCACCAGCACCCGAACUGCAUCAGGACACAGCCAGGGAGCUUCAGCCCCCAGCUGCAGGAGACCCCCAAGCCAAAGCAGGCGGAGACGCACACCUCGGAAAAGCCCCACAGGAGAGCCAGGUGGUGGUGGAGGGGGGCAGCGGCGAGGGACAGGGCUCACCCUCCCAGCUGCUGUCUGACGAUGAAACCAAAGACGACAUGUCCAUGUCCUCAUACUCGGUGGUCAGCACGGGCUCCCUGCAAUGUGAAGACCUUGCAGACGACACGGUGCUGGUGGGCGGGGAGGCCUGCAGCCCCACAGCGCGCAUCGGCGGCACCGUCGACACCGACUGGUGCAUCUCCUUUGAGCAGAUCCUGGCCUCCAUCCUGACGGAGUCCGUGCUGGUGAACUUCUUUGAGAAGAGAGUGGACAUUGGACUCAAGAUCAAGGACCAAAAGAAAGUGGAGAGACAGUUCAGCACCGCCAGUGACCAUGAGCAGCCUGGAGUUUCCGGCUGAUGCCUGCAGCUGUGAGGCCUGGCCCGAGGUGUCAUCAGUGGGGCUGGCCUCAUCUCCUCCUGCCUUUCCUCCCUUAUCAGUUUCUCUUUAAAGGUGUCCCCCUCAUGCUCUCCCAGGAGCAGUGAGUUGUGAGUGGAAAGAAGGCUGGUGCAGACCCAGCUGCCUUAGACAGAUUCCCUGGGCCUGCAUCUCCUGGCGCCGGCUGCUUCUGGGCCCAGGAAGAGGCUGUGGCUCCCACCUUCCUUACACCUGGUGGGAGCCCGCCUCGCACCAGCUGCACCUGCCUAGCAUUAGAGGCUCUCAGAUCUGCCCUUGCUUACCUCAUACCUCUGUGCCCCACACUGCGGCCAGGCCAGCCGAGUCCCUCCAUCCGUGGAUGCUUUCCUGCAGCUAUGUGGUAUGGGGGUCAUUCCUGCCUCUUGGCACCAGGUUGGGGGGCAUGUGCUUGUUGGGCACCAAAGUGAUGGAACCCUCAGGUGCUCUCCGGGAGCCUGAACCUCCUGACUGAGGAACAUGGGCAGAACAUGUUUAUUGCACAGAGUGGGCGCUGCGCACAGGCGUGGCUAUACACGUGCUCUCAGCUCAUCAUCCUUUCCAGUAACUUUAAAAACACAUCCCUCAGGUCCUGAUAUAUUUCCUUGGAUUCAUUUCACUUGGCUAGAAAUUACACUGUGCUCAAUGCCUUAAUAAAUCCCUGAAAGAAAUAAAACCCACUGUGUGCAAUGCCUUGCUGUGGCCCCCAACCACUGCUUAGGCCUCCCAACUUCUCCCCAGGCCAAGUAUGGGGCCCUGGCUGUGUUCUGGAAGUUCAAGACACUUAGUCCUCCACAGUGGGUGGAAGAGUGAAAGGCCUGCCAGGUCAGAUGGAGACGCAGAACCUGCUGGUGCAAGCUGAGCAGGUCCUGACCAACCUGCAUCAGGGGAUGCCCUGAGCUCCACAGGUCUUCAUGGGCAGGGGUUGUGGGUCCUGGUGAAGGAAGUGCAUCCUCAGGCCUGGGCUGUAGCAAGCUGUCUGCCCUUGGGUUCAAGAACCAGACUGUGGAGCCAAAGGUGACCGCAGGGGGCCCCAGGGCUGAGCCACAAGGAUACCCUCACUUUGCAUGAGGAGCUGAAACUGACCAGUGUCCAGUGUUAGCCCCCACAUGGGGCUGCUCUUGCUUCUACUAAAAGAUACAGCAGUUACCCCCUUAUCCACAGGGGAUACAGUGGAUAUCUAAAACCAGACCCCCAGCGGAUGUCUAAAACCACAGAUAAUAACAAACCUUAUACAUACUGUUUUUUCCUAUGCAUACAUACCUGUGAUUAAGUUUAUGAAUUAGGCACCUUAAGAGAUUGACAACAAUAACUAAUAAUAAAAUGUAACGGUUAUACUGUAA